CAAAACGUGACAUCUGCCCUUUCUUCUUACCACCACCGUCAUUUCUCGUGUACCGCCACCAUCGCCUCCAUGGACGGUCUCUACGAAUAUCAAUCACCUGCACGUACAACAGGGAAGCCAUCGCAUCGACCUAGCUCUAUCCACUCCAAGCUUUCUUCAAGGCGACUCGGGUACUAGCAAAACUACCUCGCCUGGCAGAUGAAGCGACCUCCCGGUCUGAUAAUGUUGCAUAUAUGCAGCUAGGCGGCAGGGUGUGGACGGUCCUGGCCAAUUGGACCGUAUUGUUACGAAUCAUGCCAAGAAUAUCCUCACAAUUCGUCCGCCUCACACAUAGGGCGUGUGCGCGACUGGGCUUCGCUGAGUUUGCUUUCGAAUCAAUAACCCUUUCUAUACUCAUACCGCGUACCAUAAUAGGUCGAAACUCCCCGCGUUUCCGUCACCAAUUGACAACUACACGCGACUGUACCAUCCAAAGGUAUUGGCGGCCAUGCGGGGUAUUACUAUGGAUCCCGCAGCAAGGUGGGAUGAGCUCGUGGUGGGAUAAGCGGAGGAGUAGGGUUUUGCCCAGUAGGUAGUGAGCGUAGCCACGGAAUGUGUCGUAGUGGCAAUA